AUGGUAGCGGAACCUCCCACGACACCCUUUGGUUUGGACAUCGGCGGUGGAGACGCAAGCACGACCGACUGGUCGCGCAGCUACCAUGGCCUCUCCGUGCAGCCUUUCCCAAAGGAAGCCGCCGACAUUCUCAUGGCACCCAUCGAUCCCCUCGACAUCGAAAUCAAACCCGACGGCCUGCUCUACCUCCCCGAAAUCAAGUACCGCCGCAUCCUCAACCGCGCCUUCGGCCCGGGCGGGUGGGGCCUCGCCCCGCGCUCCGAGACGCACGUCUCGCCCAAGAUCGUCUCGCGCGAGUACGCGCUGGUGUGCCUCGGCCGUCUCGUGGCUGUCGCGCGCGGCGAGCAGGAGUACUUCGACGCGGUCGGCGGCGUGCCGACCGCUACGGAAGCGGCGAAGAGCAACGCGCUGAUGCGCUGUUGUAAGGAUCUGGGCGUGGCCAGCGAGCUGUGGGACCCGCGGUUUAUUAGGGAGUUUAAGGCGAAGUAUUGCGUGGAGGUGUUUGCGGAGCAUGUGCCUACGAAGAAGAAGAAGAAGCUGUGGAGGAGGAAGGACCAGCCCAAAUUCGACUAUCCUUGGAAGGAGACUUGA